ACGAGUCUGAGUCUGACGUUGAUGACGCUGCUAUCGGGGAUAGCACUCAUGACGAUUCGGCUGGUGGUCAGAUAGGAAUGUCAACGAGCGACACCCGUGGCUACCGAGUGAUUUUCGGGGCCACCACGGGCGUCGGUUUUACACACAUGGAAGACGCAGUAGACAUAAGGCCUUAUCAGCCUGGUUCCGAGCUAGGAAGCACCGGCCACUUGUCCGCACGUUCUGGUGGGAGGCUCUCAACGAAAGGCAGCUCAGCGAAGCAGUCACCACGGUCAGCGAAGCAGUCACCACGCUCACCGGAGCAAUCACCUCGUAUGAGUGAUCGUGGAGAACAGGCUGUGGCUGCACCGAAGAGGCGCUUCGACGGAGUUAGUCGUCACAGCACACAGACAGAAAUUGGUGAAGGCGACGCUAUGGCAGGAGGAGGCUCAGAUCCUGAUGACGGAGGCGGUGGAUUCUACGACCACCUGCCAAGAGGAAGUGGAGAUAGCAAGAACAGUUGUGAGUCUGAAGCUGAUAUGGUGAUCGUAGAAAACGAUCCGCCCAUUAUCAGGUCUACAACUGGCGGGCAGACGCCACGGACUCCUCGUGUACUCGAAGCUCCGUCUUCGUCAGAAGGAGAAGGGCCGGCAGAAGCUGCACUGGCUCAAGGAGAAGAAGACUCUGCCGAUAGGCAACAACUUGAUGAAAAUUCACCGAGAAAAUCGGAACAAGAAUCGUCGCAGAUGAUAAUCACCAGUGAAAGUAGCCUCGCGCAGGACCAGGGAGUUGAGAAAGAGAUAACGCCAGCUAUUUCGUCGUCAAGCCGCAGCAAUGGCCUUACCACGAGCAGGAUCAGACGAGAAGCAACGACGUCUUCAAGCGCACCAGAGCAUGACGCAUUGUCGGAACUUUUGGGUGGCAACAUGGACUCAAAAAAAGCACCCACGGCGGCAUCUGGAAGUGUACACGUGAAGCCUAAGAGGAUAACGGAUGAGGCACUCCCAACGCUAGUCGCAUCCAAGACAUCCCCUAGCAAGGAUACUGCCCCGUUGUUAAGACCAAGGGAGCAAGAUUCUAAGGAAUCUGACAAGAGUCGGCAUCUCGCAGGA